AUGAAAAAGAGGAAGUAUUGUACAGAUUUUAAAAGGCUUGAUGGCAAAACCGCUCUUAUUACAGGAGGAAAUUCAGGCAUAGGCAAAGAGACUGCUGUGGCCUUGGCUCGUCGAGGUGCCCGUGUUAUUAUUGCCUGUAGAGAUGUGGAGAAGGCAGAGAAAGCUGUUCGAGAAAUCAAGUUCAAGAGCCACAGUCUUAAUAUCCUUCACAUGGAGCUAGACCUGGCCAAUCUGCACUCAAUCAGAGAAUUCUGCAAGAAGUUCCUUAAAGCUGAAAAGAGGCUUGACAUAUUGAUAAACAAUGCAGGCAUGCCCAGUGUCCUAGACUGGACGGACGAUGGAUUCAGCAUGUGUUUUGGCGUGAACCAUUUGGGUCAUUUCCUCUUAACAAAUUUGCUUCUGCCUCGUCUUAAAGAGUGUGCCCCGAGCAGAGUAGUCACACUGACCUGCUCUAUCUACAAAUACCAGAAACUGGACUUUCAGGAUUUAAACUACAAUCUACUGCCGUUCUUCACCUAUAGCCGCAGCAAACUGGCAAACGUGUACUUCAGUCAGGAGCUGGCUCACAUCACCGAGGGAAAAGGAGUCACCUCAUAUGCAGUUCAUCCAGGCUUCGUGCGGAGCGGCUGGACGUGCCACUACUCAUUCCUGUUCCGCAUGCUGAUGGAGGUGGUGAUGCGGCUGUUCUUCGUGUCGUGCGAGGUCGGAGCUCAGAGCGUGGUGUAUUGUGCCGUGUCUGAUGAAGUCGCUAAACACAGCGGAGGAUACUUUGUGGACUGUAGACUGGCCAAUCUGCGCCCCUUUGCCAGAGAUGCUGGGGUGGCUAAAAAACUUUGGGAGGCCAGUGAGAGGCUGGUAAACUUGUCUUGA